CCUUUGUCUUAGAUGCUAUAUAUUGUCUCAACAUUUCUUUCAUAUCACAAGAAGAUAAACAAAGUACUUUAUUUGUUUCACACUUGAACUCCUCAAAAAGAUUUCUAAUAAAAUGGGAAGGCCACCUUGUUGUGAUAAAAUUGGUGUGAAAAAAGGACCAUGGACACCAGAAGAAGAUAUCAUUUUGGUAUCAUAUAUUCAAGAACAUGGUCCUGGCAACUGGAGAGCUGUUCCUACUAAUACUGGAUUGCUUAGAUGCAGCAAGAGUUGCAGACUUAGAUGGACUAACUAUCUGCGUCCAGGCAUCAAACGUGGCAACUUUACCGAGCAUGAAGAGAAAAUGAUUAUUCACCUACAAGCUCUUCUUGGCAACAGAUGGGCAGCCAUAGCUUCAUAUCUUCCACAAAGAACAGACAAUGACAUAAAAAAUUACUGGAAUACUCAUUUGCAAAAGAAGCUUAAGAAGAUUCAAGGUCAUGAUCAAAAGGGAAAAUCAUCGUCAUCAUCAUCUCAAUCAAUCUCAAAAGGACAGUGGGAGAGGAGACUUCAAACAGAUAUCCACACAGCUAAACAAGCUCUUUGUGAUGCUUUAUCCCUUAACAAAAAAACCACUGAUUUCUCACCAAAUAUUAAUCCUAGUACUAAUUCUUUUCCUGUCCAAACAUCUACUAAUACCUAUGCGUCUAGUGCUGAUAACAUCUCUCGAUUGCUUCAAAAUUGGAUGAAAAACUCCCCUAAAUCAUCUCAAAGCAUAUCUAAUAACUCAAUCACUAGUCAGAGUUCUUUCAACAAUUUAUCAAUCGGGACGGGUUCGAGUUCUAGUCUUAGUGAAGGAACCCUGAAUGCACCAACACCAGAAGGAUUAGACUCACUCUUUAGCUUCAAUUCAUCUUAUAAUUCUGAUGUUUCUCAGUCCAUGUCGGCGGACGAGGUUGUUGCUUUCACACCUGAGAAUGCUGGAAUUUUCCAAGUCGAAAGCAAUAAACAAUAUUUGCCAAAUUUCAAGGAUGAAAAUGGAUUUUUAUUCCAAGAGGGAAUUAGCAAACAAAAUUUGGAGACAGAAGUACCCUUAACUUUGCUGGAAAAUUGGCUUUUUGAUGAUUCUAAUGUACAAACACAAGAAGAGCUAAUGGGAAUUGGAAUAGGCAUGGAAUGGCUUUGAGUAGAACGGCUGAUUUGUUUUGAGGAAAUAUAAUCUUGAAGAAAUAAUGAAGGAUAUAUUUCUUCAAAACAAAUAUUGGCAGUUUUGGUUCUUUUUGCUAUUUUCAGGUUGCUACUUGUUAGGCUUUGGACUGUAUAGGUUUUAAUCAAUUUCUAGCCUCAGUAGAAACUUGUUAGAAGAGCAUAAGAAAGUGUAACUAUAUAUGUAACCUUAAAUCAGCAUAUGUACUAGAUAGAAUUAAUAAAAGCAGUACUCUAUGCUAAGAGCUUCAACUGUUUGUA